AUGGGCGCAAAUGAUGCCGCAUACGGUGCUAUCAUUCCUUACCUUGAGGGAUACUACGAUCUAACAUAUGUUGUCGUCUCGCUAGUGUUUCUAUCUCCGAUCGGCGGAUAUAUCAGUGCUGCACUCCUCAACAACUGGCUGCACAUCCACUUUGGUCAACGGGGCAUUGCUUUCCUUGGACCUGUUUGCCAUCUAGUGGCCUACGUAGGCAUUGCCCUCCAUCCGCCAUACCCCGUUUUGGUGAUCUUGUUCAUCUUCUCGGGAUUUGGAAACGGCAUUGAAGACGCAGCCUGGAACGCCUGGGCAGGCAGUCUAGCGAAUGCGAACGAGGUUCUGGGAUUUGUGCAUGGGCUAUAUGGGCUGGGGGCUUUGCUUAGCCCGCUAGCUGCUACUAGCUUGAUUGCGAAGCGUGGAUGGCAAUGGUAUCAGUUCUACUACAUCAUGCUCGGUGGCGCCUGCAUUGAGCUUGCGACAUCGCUUUAUGCAUUCCGAUCGAGUUCAGGUCAAGUGUAUCGAGAAAAAUCGCUUCGCGCGAAUGCGGAAGGUGAGAGCCGUCUUAAGCAGGCACUCAGAAGUCGCGUCACCUGGAUUGCCGCUAUCUUCCUCUUCGGAUAUGUCGGAGCCGGUGGAGCGCUUGGAGGCUGGAUCGUUAUCUUCAUGCGCCGUGAAAGAGCAGGCGGCGAAUUCGAAUCUGGGGUUGUCGCGACCGGAUUCUGGACUGGCAUCGCUGCUGGCCGCCUUGUCUUGAGCUUCAUCACACCAAAGCUUGGCGAGAAGCUCGCUGUUCUGAUAUACAUUGUUAUCGCCAUCACAUGCCAACUCAUGUUCUGGCUCGUUCCAUCCUUCCACGUCUCAGCCAUCUUUGUCGCACUACAAGGCUUCUUCCUCGGUCCGCUCUUUCCAGCUGUCAUCGUCGCAGCGACUAAAGCUCUUCCGCCACAUCUCCAUAUCUCUGCGAUAGGCUUUGCUGCUGCGAUAGGUGUUGGCGGAGGUGCUGCGUUACCCUUUGCUAUCGGAUCGCUUGCUCAAACAAAAGGCCUUGGUGUCCUACAACCUAUCAUUCUGGCUGUUCUCGCAGCUCUCUUGGUUCUGUGGCUGUGCUUUCCGAAAUUGGAAAAGAGAAAGACGGAAGGAGGGGUGCCACUGCUCUCGCCAGAAGAACAAAGAAAAUGGUGGCUCAACGUCGAUAUUGAUCUUGUAGAGACCAUGAGACGCGUUCUGAGGAGGGCUGCGGGUGGCCAGAUGGUCGCAACUGCCUAG